CCAGGCAAACCGGACAGAAUCAUUUGACUACCGAAUCUACCAAAUCCAAAAAAAGGACGACGGCAUUAAAUGUCUUCUGUUUCAACAUUAUUGGUGCAGUCUGCAAUGAUUGAACACUUGAUGAUUGAGAUGGUGGACCCAAAGAAUUAUCUUAGUAUAUACAUGAAAUAAUAAUAAAAAAAAAAAACUACCGAUUCUAAAGUAAAGGACUGGACAACUGUCACAUGGUAAAGUCAUCAUUGUCCUCGGCAAGAAGGCGUUGGCAAUCAUCAACACAGUUCAAAGAAGGAAGUUUCCACACGAAAAAGACAGUUUUGAUCAGUUCUAAAGGUUUAGUUUAGUUAAUGUUUUAUUUUCUUAUCUUCUGCUCUCUUCCCUCCGUUUUCUCACUUCUUCAAAUGCCUCUUUCAGUUGACCCUUCUAUGAUUUGGAAGGGAUCUGGAUCUGAAGAUACUUGCAGCCUGCUAUCUGGCUAGAUUGAAUCACAAUGUCAGCUUAUAAUGGCCACCAAAUGGAGCGGGAAUUCUCUGCUCAGAGUCUCCUAAGUAGGGGAGAUACUGGAACAGAGAUGGGAAGCCGCUAUGUGGUUGAGUCUGGAUUCUACAUGACAUCUUUUGCCGUAACAAUCUUCAUUGCUGCUCUUGUAACUGUUGGGGUUCUAUUGGUAACUUUGCUAGUCACAUUAGCAGUAAUGUGGCAAUCCUGUGAAAAUCGGAGCAAGGGAGUUGUGGAGAUCGACAAAGCAAGUGAUAGUUACCAUUAUUGCAAGAUUUUUGAGCUGCAUGGGCAGCUUAACGGCUUGGAAGCAACUGAGGUUCCUCCAGUCUGCAGGAGUCUUGUCAUUCAAUACAUCAAAGGAGGAGAAUAUGCACAAGAUUUAAAUAUCACAAUGUGGAUGAUUGAAAGUUUUUUUGAUACUGUUUCACCAUCACAUGAUCAUCUGGAUGUGGUGUUAAUGGACGUAGAUGACAUCCUUGCUUCAGAUCCUUGCUACUCCAAUCAAUUAAUGCCACAGUUCAACCAAUAUGUCUGUGGCAAACCUAUUGAUUGCAUUGAACGUGCAACCUGUCUGAAGCACCUGCUUAUUCUGGAAUUGUACAAAAAACUUCAGUCCAGAGGAUGGCCUUUGAUUCUGCUAUCAAGGAAGCCUGAGAAACAGCAAAAUGUCACUAUUGAAAACCUUAAUUCUUUAGGAUAUAAUGGUUGGUCUUCUCUGAUUAUGAGGUUGGACAGCGAAAUGGAAAUGGAUACACGCGAAUACUUUUCUAGACGAAGAGCAGCAAUGAAGAAGGAAAAUAUUGAAAUAAUCGGUGUGAUUAGCAGCCAAAUGGAUGCUUUAACAGGCUCGUCUUUGGGAAGACGUGUUUUUAAGCUUCCAAACCCUCUAUAUUACAAUUUUGAAAAUCAAAUUGAAAGCUGGAGACUUUCACACUAGAUCUUGUGUCCACUUGGUUGUUCUUUGCAUAGUGUUUCUCAAAUUUUUUGGUCAUCUGGAAACCUGGGGCUUGGCUGAAUUUUCUUUCCAAUAUAAUUCGAAAUCCGGCAAUAUUCUUCAAACACCCCCCCCCCCAACCUUUUUUUUUCUUUUUUUCUUGUAUUUCUUUAUCAGCUCACGUAUCUAAGACCAUUUCAGCUUAUUUGAGUGCUUGAUUGAGUGUAAUUUUCAUAUGAAAAAAUUACAUCUUUUUUUUUUUAAACAUUUAGCUGAUUAGCCCACUUUGAAUCUCUAUUGGCUCCCAAACAUUUGUGUAGUCUGAUGAUAGGAUAAAAGAUUGUAGAUGAUGUGAUUUGAACCUCGAGUUUAUAAAAUGUUACCUUUAAAGAAUGAUUGUAUGAAUUGAUUGAGUUAAAUUCAGAUGUAUCCUUUUGCUCCAGUUGUAUUUCUUAAAAAAUUGCUUUGGACAUGAUAAACUUAUGUUCUAAACUUUUCCCUGACCACUAGGAAAGGUUUCAAUUCCAAUUUUAUGAUCCAUUCCAUUGCCUGCAUCCCUGGUAAUUGGAUUUUUCAGCAUGUAAUCCUUAGCCAGUGACACUCUUGCAUAAGCAAUUUUCCACCUCCGCAAAUUCUUGAACCACUUUGAUCAAUAAGCUCAAAUCAUUUUAUUUAGAUAACUAUAUAAAAUGGCAUUGGGCGCAUGACUCUCUGAGUUUCCAUGCUUCUGAUUUUCAUUUCUCAAGUACAGCAACUUGUAUAAUAUCUGCAGA